GACAGCCCCCUUUCAUUCGGCCCCUGGUAGCGGGGGCUCAGACGACCACUGACUCAGAGCCACCCCAUCUGGGCUCCUCUAGCCUGGGGCUGCGGAAAAGGGCAGAGGACCGCUGUGUGCCGGGUGAAGGCAGAGGAUUUGGGCCGACUGGGGAGUCUCAGAGGGCGGAGCCAACAUCGAACCCGCUGGUCUCAGCCCCAAACUGCCCCUGCCGCCAGGCGCCUCCAGCUCCGAGCACCCCCCCCCCACCCCCGGGGUGGUUGAUUUCAGCCCCUUCCCAGUCCCGGGAGGCUGCCGCGCCAAGCGAGCCUCGUCCCUGCCCCAGCCCGCCCCGAGCUACAUCUGGAUCCCGAGCCGGUGCCCCAGUCCCUCCCUGCAAACCCACCGCGGCCACCACCGGGGAGGAGAGGCUGUCCUGCCACCCGGCCCCAACGGGUGAUUUGGAACUCAUGGCCCUUCUCCUACCUCUGCCUCCCCAUUGCUGGGAUUAAAGGUGUGGGCCACCACGCUGGGAGGGAGACCGGUUCACAGUCAGCGCAGCUGUCACACUCUGCAGAUCUCCCAGCACCCCCGCUCUCCAGAGACCAUGACCUUGGGCCCCCCCAAGAGGGAACUUCUGAUGCUGCUGAUGGCCUUGCUCCUGACUCAGGGAGACUCCAUGAAACCCUCCCGGGGCCCACUGGUGACUUGCACGUGUCAGAACCCACACUGCAGGGGACCUACCUGCCGGGGAGCCUGGUGCACGGUGGUACUGGUGCGGGAACACGGCAGACACCUCCAGGAGCAUCGCGGCUGCGGGAGCCUGAACCAGGAGCUCUGUAGGGGGCGCCCCACGGACUUUGUCAGCCACUACUGCUGCUACAGCUCCCUCUGCAAUCACAACGUGUCCCUGGCGCUUGAAGCUACCGAGACUCCAGGAGUGGAUGGCCAGCUGCCUCUGAUCCUGGGCCCUGUGUCGGCCUUACUGGCCCUGGUGGCCUUGGGUGCUCUGGGCCUUUGGCAUGUCCGGCGGAGGCAGGAGAAGCAGCGGGGCUUGCGCAGUGACCUGGGCGAGUCCAGCCUCAUCCUGAAGGCAUCUGAGCAUGGGGACAGCAUGUUGGGGGACUUCCUCGACAGUGACUGCACCACAGGCAGCGGUUCAGGGCUCCCCUUCCUUGUGCAGAGGACAGUGGCUCGGCAGGUGGCCCUGGUGGAAUGUGUAGGAAAGGGCCGCUACGGUGAGGUGUGGCGGGGCUUGUGGCACGGUGAGAGCGUGGCGGUCAAGAUCUUCUCCUCAAGAGAUGAGCAGUCCUGGUUCCGAGAGACGGAGAUCUACAACACAGUGCUGCUGAGACACGACAACAUACUAGGCUUCAUUGCCUCGGACAUGACCUCGCGCAACUCCAGCACGCAGCUGUGGCUCAUCACGCACUACCACGAGCACGGCUCCCUCUAUGACUUUCUGCAGAGGCAGACGCUGGAGCCCCAGCUGGCUCUGAGGCUGGCCACGUCCGCCGCCUGUGGCCUGGCACACCUGCACGUGGAGAUCUUUGGCACUCAGGGCAAACCGGCCAUUGCUCACCGUGACCUCAAGAGCCGCAACGUGCUGGUCAAGAGCAACCUACAGUGCUGCAUCGCAGACCUGGGCCUGGCUGUGAUGCACUCCCAGAGUAGCGAUUAUUUGGACAUUGGCAACAACCCCAGAGUGGGCACGAAACGGUACAUGGCACCCGAGGUGCUGGACGAGCAGAUCCGCACUGACUGCUUUGAAUCCUACAAGUGGACAGACGUCUGGGCCUUUGGCCUGGUGCUGUGGGAGAUUGCCCGGCGGACCAUUGUCAAUGGCAUUGUGGAGGACUACAGACCACCCUUUUAUGAGCUGGUGCCCAAUGACCCCAGUUUUGAGGAGAUGAAGAAGGUAGUAUGUGUUGACCAACAGACUCCCACUAUCCCCAACCGGCUGGCUGCAGAUCCGGUCCUCUCCGGUCUGGCUCAGAUGAUGCGGGAGUGCUGGUACCCCAACCCCUCGGCCCGUCUCACGGCUCUACGCAUCAAGAAGACACUACGGAAGCUCAGCCAGGGUCCAGAGAAGCCCAAAGUGAUUCACUAACCCAGGGGUGCCAGGCUCCCUCUGCCUGAAGUGCGUGGUGAGACAGGAGACUGAGCCUUUGUGGGCAGAGGUAGCAAGAGUGUGCAUGCUGCUGGGGGGGGGGGGUGCCCCACUGUGGGACAGCUGUGCCUGCCCAGCUCUGGCCCCCAGCCCAUCCAGCCAAAAAUACAGCUGGGCUGAAAUCUGAUCUGCAGCCGUCUGGCCUGCUCAAAGUGGCAGGCUCCCUGACGCCUGGAUCUGCCCACCCCGCAGGCCAGCAGGGUAAACCCUCCGCCGCUCCCAGGGCGGUAUGCAGCAGACACCAAAGCCAGGGUGGCCAAGCCAGGGAAUCCCAGUCCUGGGCCCAGCGCCUGGGCUUGCACUCUUCCGUGCCCCUGGUCAACCCAGCCCGCCCUUCUACGGCUGCCAGGAUGGCACAGAGCCUUGUCCAGCUUCAGCUGACACUGGACCCUGCCAGACUUCAGCCCCUAGCUCAAGCGUAGGACACCAGAGGCCCCUUAUUUUUCUCUCAGCUCUGCAACACCUUUCUGUCACCCUAACUAGACCCUUGCUAACACAGAGCUGGCUUCCUGGGAGA